AUGGUCUCUUCCAAAUUAACUAUCCUCUCUGCCCUGAGCUUACUGUCUACUGCUGCCGUUGUUGUCGAGGGAUGGACGUUGGCAUCCACCUCCCAAGGAGCCUCAUUCUUUGAUGCUUUCACCUUCUUUACUAAUAGCGAUCCAACUCACGGAUUUGUGCAAUAUGUUGACAAGGCUACAGCUACUAAUAAGGGGCUAAUCUACACCCAAAACAAUCAGACCAUCAUCAAGACCGAUAAUACCACGACCACAACUUCUGGAAGACAGUCUGUUCGCUUGGUUUCAACUGCCUCCUAUAACACAGGCCUCUUCAUUCUUGAUUUAGAACAUAUGCCAACUGGCUGUGGUACCUGGCCAGCUUUCUGGAUGGUUGGACCCAAUUGGCCAAACAGUGGCGAGAUUGAUAUCAUCGAAGGCGUCAAUAAGCAAGCUCAAAAUCAAGCUACAUUGCACACAUCCGCAGGCUGUACAAUGGAAGGUGUAAACCGUUCUCAAUCAUCCACUGUAUUGGCCAACAAUUGUGAUGUCAAUGCAACUGGCCAAGGCGGCAAUGUUGGUUGUGGUGUCUCGUCUCCAGAUACGCAAACCUAUGGCGCCGGAUUCAACAGUAACAAAGGCGGCGUCUACGCUACUCAAUGGUUGAACGAUGGCAUCUACAUCUGGUUCUUCCCUCGCAAUUCUAUUCCAUCUGAUAUCAAAUCAAACGCACCCAACCCAAAUAAUUGGGGAACUCCUAUGGCAGCCUUCCCCUUUGUCAGCGGCAAGUGCACACCAAACAAAUUCGCUAAUCUUCAGAUUGUCAUCAAUUUAACCUUUUGCGGCGACUGGGCUGGCUCUGUCUACUCCUCAUCUGGCUGUCCAUCUGACUGUAAUACCUAUGUUGGUCAAACGCCAAGUGCUUUUACAGAAGCUUAUUGGCGAAUCAACUCACUUAAAGUCUAUCAUUAA